ACGUCAAAGUUUGAUCCUCAAGAAAAGUACAACGCCCCGCCCCCUGAUAAUCACCAUCUCUGAAAAGCGCACAGGAUUUUAUGCGGAAAUUCGUGACUGAAAGAGCCAAACAGCUUCUCAGCCUUUCCCGUCAAUAUCAGCACCGUCCUCUCUCCGCUUCCCUGUCUCGUUUCUUGUCCUCCGAUCCAAUCUCUUCUUCCCCCUCCUCCUCCAUGGCUUCCCCGUCUGAUUCCUCUACUCCUCUUACUCUUCAAACCAUUAAUCCCAAGGUUUUGAAGUGCGAGUAUGCUGUCCGCGGUGAAAUUGUCACCCUUGCUCAGAAAUUACAAGAAGAGUUGCAGGCUAAGCCAGGAUCGCAUCCCUUCAAUGAGAUACUCUAUUGCAAUAUUGGAAAUCCUCAAUCUCUUGGUCAGCAGCCAAUAACAUUUUUCCGAGAGGUUCUUGCAUUGUGUGACCAUCCUUCCAUUUUGGACAAAAGUGAAACACAGGGUUUGUUCAGUGCGGAUUCCAUUGAGCGAGCCUGGCAGAUUCUGGGUCAAAUUCCUGGAAGAGCCACCGGCGCUUAUAGCCACAGUCAGGGUAUCAAGGGAUUACGCGAUACAAUUGCUGCUGGAAUUGAAGCUCGUGAUGGUUUCCCUGCUGAUCCAAAUGACAUUUUCUUGACCGAUGGUGCAAGCCCAGCGGUCCAUAUGAUGAUGCAGUUGCUCAUUACGUCUGAGAAGGAUGGAAUUCUUUGCCCCAUUCCUCAGUACCCCUUAUACUCUGCUUCAAUUGCUCUGCAUGGUGGAUCUCUGGUUCCUUACUAUCUUGAUGAAGCAACUAAUUGGGGAUUAGAAGUUUCUGACCUCAAAAAGCAAUUAGAGGAUGCCAAGUCCAAGGGAAUUACUGCCCGGGCAUUGGUUGUUAUAAAUCCGGGCAACCCAACGGGUCAGGUUCUUGCUGAAGAUAACCAGCGUGAAAUUGUUGAGUUCUGCAAGCAGGAAGGGAUUGUUCUUCUAGCGGAUGAGGUAUACCAGGAAAAUGUGUAUGUUCCAGAGAAGAAGUUCCACUCCUUCAAGAAGAUCUCACGGUCCAUGGGAUAUGGAGAAAAGGAUUUAUCUCUGGUAUCUUUUCAGUCAGUGUCUAAAGGAUAUUAUGGUGAAUGUGGAAAAAGGGGAGGUUAUAUGGAGGUUACAGGGUUUGGUGCUGACAUAAGGGAACAAAUUUAUAAAGUGGCAUCAGUGAAUUUGUGUUCCAAUAUUUCUGGUCAAAUUCUUGCCAGCCUUGUCAUGAGCCCACCGAAGGCUGGUGAUGAAUCCUUCGAAUCUUAUCUUGAGGAGAGAGAUGGAAUCCUCUCAUCGCUAGCAAGGCGUGCAAAGACAUUGGAGGAGGCAUUCAACAGUUUGGAGGGUGUAACAUGCAACAAGGCAGAAGGGGCAAUGUAUCUCUUUCCCCGAGUUCGGCUUCCUGAAAACGCAAUAAAAGCAUCAGAAGCAGUAAAAACGGCACCAGAUGCAUUCUAUUGUCGCAGGCUCCUCAAUGCUACUGGAAUUGUUUUUGUUCCUGGUUCUGGUUUUGGCCAGGUCUCGGGCACGUGGCAUUUUAGGUGUACAAUACUGCCUCAAGAGGAUAAGAUACCAGCCAUUGUCACCCGUCUAACAGACUUCCAUAAGAGUUUCAUGGAAGAGUAUCGUGACUGAGAGAUUUUGGCAUUUGAUAGUUGUUCAGAAUAAGGUAUAACCAGCCAUUUUCAUAUAUAGACAAGAAGGUUUUUUUAUUUUUUUAUGGCGGAAGAUUUUGUAACAUUUUACUGAGUUUCUCUAGAUGUAUGGACUAGUGGAACCAUGCGAAUACGUUUUACAUUUUCUGAAAAGCAGAGUUCGAAAACAGAAAAUGGUCUUAAAAACAUAAAACAAACCAGACUCUACGAAGCAUUCAUAUCA